AUGGGCAUGAGCAUAGUUUUCGAUAACGAACUUACUAAGGCCAAUUUCUUAGAUGUUACACUAAAUCUGCAUAGCAAUUCUUACUGCCCCUACCAUAAAUCUUCCACAAACCUAAAAUAUGUCAGUGUUUUCUCUAACCACGCAAAAACUAUCACAGAUAAUUUAGUUAAAAAUAUUUCUUUAAGAUUAUCAAAUUUAUCUGCCAACGUCGACAUUUUUAAGCAUAAAGCGGAAUUCUAUGAAUUCUAUAAUGCUGCCCUGUCAAAAGCCGGUUAUAGGGAAAAGGUAACAUAUAUAGACCCGGCCCUUCCGAAACCAGAAUUUGCUCAUCAGGAUAAGUCAACUUACAAUAAUAUAAAUAAUAUAAGUAGUGAUGGUAGCUUUAGUAAUGUCGACACAAAUAUAGCUAACGCAAAUAUAGCUAACAUAAAUAAUUUGCGGUCCAAGGGAGACCAUCGUAGGCCAAAACCCAUUCUUCAACCCAGAGAUGCCCCCCUUAAUGUAAGAGUUGACACUCCGAGCCAGUACAAGAACCAGAAAAACUAUAUCUGGUUUGUGAUUCCCUUUGGAAAACAAAUCAGAUCUAACCUACCGUUGCAGUUUCGCCAAGCCAUUGCCAGAAAUUUUCCCAGAAAUUCGAGAUAUUACUCCACUAUAAAUUUGCAUAAAGUAAGGAUAGCUUUCUCAAAUACUAAAGAUCUUUCACAGAUAAUUGCCUCCCAUAACAAUAAGCUGCUAAAUAAGGCCCUGUCACCCAUGAGCAGAGACACCGCCCCGUCAAAUUCCAACAUAACAUAUAGUAAUAAUAAUAAUAAUAAUAGAAGUAGCACAGAUAUUAGCAGCCUUCAUACCGGCAUUGGCGUUAGUAAUAGUAAUAAGGGUAAGAGCACUGACCUCGUCAUUAACGGAGGGGGUCUCAACAAUAAUAGUAGCAGCGGUUUUAACAACAGUAGUUUUACGGACAAUAUCAAUCACAGCAUUCCCAGAAACAGGGAAUAUGCAGGUGAUAUUGCCUUAAAUAGUAAUGAAAAUAGGGUGAAUAGUAUCGAAUCCAGCGGUAGUUUUUAUAACCAUCAUAGUAAUAAGAACGCUUUAUUAGUAUCGGAAACUAAUCCCAAUAGAUUAAGGUUCUUGUCAAAUAACUCCAAAAUUAGAAACGACAUUUACCAGUGCAAAAUUUAUGCUGGAUCCGAUGUCUACCUCUAUAUCGGCGCUACCUCAUCUAAAUUAGCCACAAGAAUAUCAAAUCAUUUUUCCACGUUUAGGAAUAAAAAGAAACAACACUCCACUGGGCUAAGCAAAUUAGUCUGGCGUUUGAAGAACGCAAAUUCAACUUUUAGGCUGGAAUGGUCAAUAUUAUCGGUGUCUUUACCGUUUGAUAAGGGCAAAAAAAUCUGUGCCCUGUGUAAUUCCGAACUCUUUCAUAUUCUGUUUGACCGAGGCCGACUAAUAAACUCGAUUGUUGAGAGUUCUUUCAGAUGCCUACACUGGAAAAGGCAUACCUUCGUCUCAUACCAAUGA